AUGGGGAUCUCCACAGUCAUCCUUGAAAUGUGUCUUUUAUGGAGUCAAGUUCUAUCUACAGAUUUGGUCCUGAGGUUGGUGAAUGGAGGUUGCCAGAGUCAGGACUGGUAUCGGAGCCUGGUGGAGGUCCUAUACCGAGGCCCCUGGGGCACUGUGUGUGAUGACAGCUGGGACAUCAAUGAUGCCAUCGUGGUCUGCAGGCAGCUGGGCUAUGCAGCUUUGCCUCUGAGGCUGGUGAAUGGAGGUGCCCAGUGUCAGGGCCGGGUGGAGGUCCUGUACCAAGGCUCGUGGGGCACCGUGUGUGACGACAGCUGGGACAUCAACGAUGCUGAUGUGGUCUGUAGGCAGCUGGGCUGUGGCUGGGCCACGUCCGCCCCAGGGAGUGCCCAGUUCGGCCAGGGCUCAGGGCAGAUUGUCCUCGAUGACGUGGGCUGCUCAGGGAACGAGUCCUACCUGUGGAGCUGCCCCCACAACGGCUGGCUCAGGCACAACUGUAACCACGGGGAAGACGCCGGUGUCGUCUGUGACGAGUCAGCUCUGUCCCUGAGGCUGGUGAACGGAGGUGACCGGUGUCAGGGCCGGGUGGAGGUCCUAUACCAAGGCUCGUGGGGCACCGUGUGUGAUGACAGCUGGGACAUCAACGAUGCCAAUGUGGUCUGCAGGCAGCUGAGCUGUGGCUGGGCCACGUCCGCCCCAGGGAGUGCCCGGUUCGGCCAGGGCUCAGGGCAGAUUGUCCUCGAUGACGUGGGCUGCUCGGGGCAGGAGUCCUACCUGUGGAGCUGCCCCCACAAUGGAUGGCUCAGACACAACUGUAACCACGGGGAAGAUGCCAGUGUCAUCUGCUCAGCUGUCCAGACCGAGUCCACGCCCAGUCCAGACGUAUGGCCUACCACGCCCUCACCUGCAGCAACAGGAUCCGACUCACGUUUGGACUUGAGGCUGGUGAAUGGAGAUGACCGGUGUCAGGGCCGGGUGGAGGUCCUGUACCAAGGCUCGUGGGGCACCGUGUGUGACGACAGCUGGGACAUCAACGAUGCUGAUGUGGUCUGUAGGCAGCUGGGCUGUGGCCGGGCCACGUCCGCCCCAGGGAGUGCCCAGUUCGGCCAGGGCUCAGGGCAGAUUGUCCUCGAUGACGUGGGCUGCUCAGGGAACGAGUCCUACCUGUGGAGCUGCCCCCACAACGGCUGGCUCAGGCACAACUGUAACCACGGGGAAGACGCCGGUGUCGUCUGCUCAGGUGUUCUAUGUUUUUCUCUAGGUGACGAGUCAGCUCUGUCCCUGAGGCUGGUGAACGGAGGUGACCGGUGUCAGGGCCGGGUGGAGGUCCUAUACCAAGGCUCGUGGGGCACCGUGUGUGAUGACAGCUGGGACAUCAACGAUGCCAAUGUGGUCUGCAGGCAGCUGAGCUGUGGCUGGGCCACGUCCGCCCCAGGGAGUGCCCGGUUCGGCCAGGGCUCAGGGCAGAUUGUCCUCGAUGACGUGGGCUGCUCGGGGCAGGAGUCCUACCUGUGGAGCUGCCCCCACAAUGGAUGGCUCAGACACAACUGUAACCACGGGGAAGAUGCCAGUGUCAUCUGCUCAGGAUCCGACUCACGUUUGGACUUGAGGCUGGUGAAUGGAGAUGACCGGUGUCAGGGCCGGGUGGAGGUCCUGUACCAAGGCUCGUGGGGCACCGUGUGUGACGACAGCUGGGACAUCAACGAUGCUGAUGUGGUCUGUAGGCAGCUGGGCUGUGGCCGGGCCACGUCCGCCCCAGGGAGUGCCCAGUUCGGCCAGGGCUCAGGGCAGAUUGUCCUCGAUGACGUGGGCUGCUCAGGGAACGAGUCCUACCUGUGGAGCUGCCCCCACAACGGCUGGCUCAGGCACAACUGUAACCACGGGGAAGACGCCGGUGUCGUCUGCUCAGAUCCUUGACCUCGAGAAAGGGAUGGAUGAGGUGUUCUAUGUUUUUCUCUAGGUGACGAGUCAGCUCUGUCCCUGAGGCUGGUGAACGGAGGUGACCGGUGUCAGGGCCGGGUGGAGGUCCUAUACCAAGGCUCGUGGGGCACCGUGUGUGAUGACAGCUGGGACAUCAACGAUGCCAAUGUGGUCUGCAGGCAGCUGAGCUGUGGCUGGGCCACGUCCGCCCCAGGGAGUGCCCGGUUCGGCCAGGGCUCAGGGCAGAUUGUCCUCGAUGACGUGGGCUGCUCGGGGCAGGAGUCCUACCUGUGGAGCUGCCCCCACAAUGGAUGGCUCAGACACAACUGUAACCACGGGGAAGAUGCCAGUGUCAUCUGCUCAGCUGUCCAGACCGAGUCCACGCCCAGUCCAGACGUAUGGCCUACCACGCCCUCACCUGCAGCAACAGGAUCCGACUCACGUUUGGACUUGAGGCUGGUGAAUGGAGAUGACCGGUGUCAGGGCCGGGUGGAGGUCCUGUACCAAGGCUCGUGGGGCACCGUGUGUGACGACAGCUGGGACAUCAACGAUGCUGAUGUGGUCUGUAGGCAGCUGGGCUGUGGCCGGGCCACGUCCGCCCCAGGGAGUGCCCAGUUCGGCCAGGGCUCAGGGCAGAUUGUCCUCGAUGACGUGGGCUGCUCAGGGAACGAGUCCUACCUGUGGAGCUGCCCCCACAACGGCUGGCUCAGGCACAACUGUAACCACGGGGAAGACGCCGGUGUCGUCUGCUCAGCGUCUAUUUCUGCGAGGGCCUGCCCAGGUGACUUUGGCCGUGAAAAACGCCUCAGUGUGGAGCUUGCUGCAGAUCCUUGACCUCGAGAAAGGGAUGGAUGAGGUGUUCUAUGUUUUUCUCUAGGUGACGAGUCAGCUCUGUCCCUGAGGCUGGUGAACGGAGGUGACCGGUGUCAGGGCCGGGUGGAGGUCCUAUACCAAGGCUCGUGGGGCACCGUGUGUGAUGACAGCUGGGACAUCAACGAUGCCAAUGUGGUCUGCAGGCAGCUGAGCUGUGGCUGGGCCACGUCCGCCCCAGGGAGUGCCCGGUUCGGCCAGGGCUCAGGGCAGAUUGUCCUCGAUGACGUGGGCUGCUCGGGGCAGGAGUCCUACCUGUGGAGCUGCCCCCACAAUGGAUGGCUCAGACACAACUGUAACCACGGGGAAGAUGCCAGUGUCAUCUGCUCAGCUGUCCAGACCGAGUCCACGCCCAGUCCAGACGUAUGGCCUACCACGCCCUCACCUGCAGCAACAGGAUCCGACUCACGUUUGGACUUGAGGCUGGUGAAUGGAGAUGACCGGUGUCAGGGCCGGGUGGAGGUCCUGUACCAAGGCUCGUGGGGCACCGUGUGUGACGACAGCUGGGACAUCAACGAUGCUGAUGUGGUCUGUAGGCAGCUGGGCUGUGGCCGGGCCACGUCCGCCCCAGGGAGUGCCCAGUUCGGCCAGGGCUCAGGGCAGAUUGUCCUCGAUGACGUGGGCUGCUCAGGGAACGAGUCCUACCUGUGGAGCUGCCCCCACAACGGCUGGCUCAGGCACAACUGUAACCACGGGGAAGACGCCGGUGUCGUCUGCUCAGGUGGGCCUCCUUGACCUUGGGCCUCCCCCUCUUGGCGUAGGGUUUGCUCAGGGACACAGCCCUUCUGACGGUCUCAUCCCAGAACGGACCGUGACGAGUCAGCUCUGUCCCUGAGGCUGGUGAACGGAGGUGACCGGUGUCAGGGCCGGGUGGAGGUCCUAUACCAAGGCUCGUGGGGCACCGUGUGUGAUGACAGCUGGGACAUCAACGAUGCCAAUGUGGUCUGCAGGCAGCUGAGCUGUGGCUGGGCCACGUCCGCCCCAGGGAGUGCCCGGUUCGGCCAGGGCUCAGGGCAGAUUGUCCUCGAUGACGUGGGCUGCUCGGGGCAGGAGUCCUACCUGUGGAGCUGCCCCCACAAUGGAUGGCUCAGACACAACUGUAACCACGGGGAAGAUGCCAGUGUCAUCUGCUCAGCUGUCCAGACCGAGUCCACGCCCAGUCCAGACGUAUGGCCUACCACGCCCUCACCUGCAGCAACAGGAUCCGACUCACGUUUGGACUUGAGGCUGGUGAAUGGAGAUGACCGGUGUCAGGGCCGGGUGGAGGUCCUGUACCAAGGCUCGUGGGGCACCGUGUGUGACGACAGCUGGGACAUCAACGAUGCUGAUGUGGUCUGUAGGCAGCUGGGCUGUGGCCGGGCCACGUCCGCCCCAGGGAGUGCCCAGUUCGGCCAGGGCUCAGGGCAGAUUGUCCUCGAUGACGUGGGCUGCUCAGGGAACGAGUCCUACCUGUGGAGCUGCCCCCACAACGGCUGGCUCAGGCACAACUGUAACCACGGGGAAGACGCCGGUGUCGUCUGCUCAGGUGGGCCUCCUUGACCUUGGGCCUCCCCCUCUUGGCGUAGGGUUUGCUCAGGGACACAGCCCUUCUGACGGUCUCAUCCCAGAACGGACCGUGACGAGUCAGCUCUGUCCCUGAGGCUGGUGAACGGAGGUGACCGGUGUCAGGGCCGGGUGGAGGUCCUAUACCAAGGCUCGUGGGGCACCGUGUGUGAUGACAGCUGGGACAUCAACGAUGCCAAUGUGGUCUGCAGGCAGCUGAGCUGUGGCUGGGCCACGUCCGCCCCAGGGAGUGCCCGGUUCGGCCAGGGCUCAGGGCAGAUUGUCCUCGAUGACGUGGGCUGCUCGGGGCAGGAGUCCUACCUGUGGAGCUGCCCCCACAAUGGAUGGCUCAGACACAACUGUAACCACGGGGAAGAUGCCAGUGUCAUCUGCUCAGCUGUCCAGACCGAGUCCACGCCCAGUCCAGACGUAUGGCCUACCACGCCCUCACCUGCAGCAACAGGAUCCGACUCACGUUUGGACUUGAGGCUGGUGAAUGGAGAUGACCGGUGUCAGGGCCGGGUGGAGGUCCUGUACCAAGGCUCGUGGGGCACCGUGUGUGACGACAGCUGGGACAUCAACGAUGCUGAUGUGGUCUGUAGGCAGCUGGGCUGUGGCCGGGCCACGUCCGCCCCAGGGAGUGCCCAGUUCGGCCAGGGCUCAGGGCAGAUUGUCCUCGAUGACGUGGGCUGCUCAGGGAACGAGUCCUACCUGUGGAGCUGCCCCCACAACGGCUGGCUCAGGCACAACUGUAACCACGGGGAAGACGCCGGUGUCGUCUGCUCAGGUGGGCCUCCUUGACCUUGGGCCUCCCCCUCUUGGCGUAGGGUUUGUGUUCUAUGUUUUUCUCUAGGUGACGAGUCAGCUCUGUCCCUGAGGCUGGUGAACGGAGGUGACCGGUGUCAGGGCCGGGUGGAGGUCCUAUACCAAGGCUCGUGGGGCACCGUGUGUGAUGACAGCUGGGACAUCAACGAUGCCAAUGUGGUCUGCAGGCAGCUGAGCUGUGGCUGGGCCACGUCCGCCCCAGGGAGUGCCCGGUUCGGCCAGGGCUCAGGGCAGAUUGUCCUCGAUGACGUGGGCUGCUCGGGGCAGGAGUCCUACCUGUGGAGCUGCCCCCACAAUGGAUGGCUCAGACACAACUGUAACCACGGGGAAGAUGCCAGUGUCAUCUGCUCAGCUGCAGAAGUGAAUUUUACUACCCCAAUAUGUCCUUCUGUCUCCUCUAUAGGACCUUCUUCAAAUUGUGGUGGCUUCUUAUUCAAUGCCAGUGGGACAUUUUCCAGUCCAUACUACCCUGGAUACUACCCCAACAAUGCUCAUUGUGUCUGGGAAAUAGAAGUGAAUUCCGGUUAUCGCAUAAACCUGGGCUUCAACGACCUGCAGUUGGAGGUGCACGUUGGUUGCAUUUAUGACUAUGUUGAAAUCUUGGAUGGAUCAUUGAAUAGCAGUAAUUUGCUGGGGAAAAUCUGUAAUGGUACCAGGGAAAUAUUCACAUCUUCUUACAACCGAAUGACCGUUCGAUUUCGAAGUGACACCAGUUUCCAAAACACUGGUUUUUUGGCUUGGUAUAACUCCUUCCCAAGAGAUGCCAGCUUGAGAUUGGUCAACUCAAACUCCUCUUAUAACACAUGUGCUGGACGUGUGGAAGUUUACCAUGGUGGCAAGUGGGGGACAGUCUGUGAUGACUCCUGGAGCAUUCACGAUGCCCAGGUGGUCUGCAGACAGCUGGGGUGUGGAUACGCAGAAUCAGCCCUGGGAAAUGCCUAUUUUGGCUCUGGCUCUGGUCCCAUCACCCUGGACGAUGUGGAGUGUUCAGGGACAGAAUCCACUCUCUGGCAAUGCCGGAACCGAGGUUGGUUCUCCCAUAACUGUGGCCACCAUGAAGAUGCUGGUGUCAUCUGUUCAGGAAGCUACACAACGACACCUGCUCCUGUUCACAACGUCACCCACCCAAAUGCAAAUUAUUCCUGUGGAGGCUUUCUGUCCCAAUCAUCAGGACGCUUUUCCAGUCCAUUCUAUCCUGGGAACUAUCCGAACAAUGCCAGAUGCGUGUGGGACAUUGAAGUCCAAAACAACUACCGCGUGACUGUUACCUUCAAAGACGUCCAGCUGGAAGGUGGAUGCAACUAUGAUUACAUUGAAGUUUUUGAUGGCCCCCACCAGAGCUCCCCUCUCAUUGCGCGGGUUUGCAAUGGGGCUGAGGGCUCCUUCACGUCAUCAUCAAACUUCAUGUCUGUUCGCUUCAUCAGUGAUGGCAGCAUCACGAGGAAAGGGUUCCAGGCUGAGUACUACUCUAGCCCUUCCAAUGACAGCACCAAGCUGCUUUGUCUGCCGAAUCACAUGCAAGCCAUUGUGAGCAGAAGCUACCUCCAAUCCCUGGGCUAUUCUGCCAGUGACCUUGUCAUUUCCAGCUGGAAUGGAAGCUAUCAGUGUCAGCCCCAGAUAACACCAAGCCAGGUGAUAUUCACAAUACCCUACUCAGGCUGUGGCACCAUCAAGCAGGUAGAUAAUGACACCAUCAACUAUUCCAACUUCCUCAAAGCAGCUAUUUCAAGUGGCAUCAUCAAAAGGAAGCCGGACCUCCACAUUCACAUCAGCUGCAAGAUGUUCCAGAACACCUGGGUCGAAACGAUGUACAUUGCUAAUGACACCAUUGAGGUCAAGGAAGUCCAGUAUGACAAUUUUGACGUGAACAUAUCCUUUUACACCUCCUCUUCAUUCUUACAUCCCGUGACCAGCAGCCCGUACUACGUGGACCUGAACCAGAACUUGUACCUUCAGGCAGAAAUACGCCAUUCGGAUGCCUCUCUGGCCUUGUUUGUGGACACCUGUGUGGCAUCUCCUUACUCCGAUGACUUUAGCUCUUUGACUUAUGAUCUAAUCCGGAGUGGGUGUGUGAGGGAUGAGACCUACCGGUCCUACUCCCAGCCGUCACCUCGCAUCGCCCGCUUCCAGUUCAGUUCCUUCCACUUCCUGGACCGCUUCCCGUCCGUGUACAUGCAGUGCAAAAUGGUGGUGUGCAGAGCCUACGACUACUCUUCCCGGUGCUACCAAGGCUGCAUAGUGAGAUCCAAGAGGGACUUGGGCUCCUACCAGGGAAAGGUGGACGUCGUCCUGGGGCCGAUCCAGCUGCAGAUCCCAUGCAGAGAAGAGGAGCCUGGCCGCAGCAGUGGCUCAGACCUGUCGGUGGCAGACAUGGAGGAGUCGGCCAGCUCCCAAGGGAGCUAUCACAGUGCUGCCCUCUCCGCUGGGGUCUUCUUGGCUGUGGUCCUGGCCGUGGUGGCCUUCAUGCUGGGGAAGAGGACACGCCCCGCCAGUGGCCAGCCCCCGAGCACAGGGAUGUGA